AUGAAAAAAUCAGAUCUCGUCUCCAGAAGGGGCAGGUAUGGUGGGACAGAGUGUCCAGCUCUUUCAGGAGAGAGGCUGGAGCCCACAGAAAAACCACUUCAGAUUGUGUAUGACUACCUGGCUGGGUUGGGUUUUGAUGAUCCUGUCAGAGUGCAGGAGGAGGCAGCGAACUCUGAUCUCAGCUGUAUGAUUCGCUUUUACAGUGAAAAGCCGUGUCAGGUGGAACAGUUGGAUCGCAUCCUGCUCUCUGGAGUCUAUAACGUACGCAAAGGGAAGACCCAGCUGCACAAGUGGGCAGAGCGCUUGGUAAUUCUCUGUGGGACAUGCCUCAUUGUGUCCUCUGUGAAAGACAGCCACACGGGGAAGAUGCACAUCUUGCCGCUCGUUGGAGGGAAGGUGGAAGAGAUGAAGCGUCGGCAGUACACCCUUGCUUUUACAUCUGCUGGAGCACAAGCUCAGACAUACCACGUUUCCUUUGAAACGCUGGCAGAGUGCCAGCGGUGGCACCGACAGGCGUCCACGGUUGUGUCUAUGCGACUUAGCAUGGUUGAUCUUUCCUGCUACAGCCUUGAGGAAGUACCUGAGCACCUCUUCUACAGUCAAGACAUCAUCUGCCUCAACCUACGACAUAAUUUUAUGAGAUCUAGUGGAGCAGGGAGUCUUGAGUCUCUUUGCAGGUUUUCUCAGUUGAAGAGCCUGAACCUGUCUCAUAACAGACUGGGAGAGUUUCCUGUAUCACUGUGCGAGAUCUCUACUCUGACAGAGCUUAAUGUUUCCUGUAAUGGACUUCAUCACUUGCCAAGCCAGAUUGGGAAACUGUUGAAUCUCCAGACUUUCUGGCUUGAUGGGAAUUUCCUCACGUCCUUACCAGAAGAACUGGGAAGUCUGCAACAGCUCAGCUGUCUUGGGCUUUCCUUCAAUAACUUCUGUGAACUGCCAGCAAUUUGUGAGAAACUUGUCAUCUUGGACAAACUAUCCCUGGCAGGGAACUUGCUGGAGAGCCUGGACCUUGCAGUGCUGAAUCGUAUGAGUCACAUCAAAAGUGUGGACCUGAGGCUAAACAACCUGAAGAGAGCAGCAGCUGACACUUUGGAGGUGAACAAAUCUGUGACUCACAUGGAUUUACGAGACAAUCAGAUGACAGAUCUGGAUCUGAGCUCCUUGGGCAGCCUGGAGCAGCUGCACUGUGAGCGGAAUAAGCUGAAAGAGUUGACGCUGAGUGGCUUCUCCCUUCGGGCCCUCUAUGCCAGCAGCAACUGUCUGACAGCUAUCAAUAUUUAUCCGGUUCCUGGUCAACUGACAUGUCUAGAACUCUCUCACAAUCAACUGCAGUGUGUCCCAGACUGGGCCUGUGAAGCAAAGAAACUGGAAGUUUUGGAUAUGAGCUAUAACCUGCUUGUGGAGCUUCCAUCGAGGAUCCUCAGCAGCUUGAGCCUUCGGAAGUUGAUGGUGGGGCACAAUCGUCUGCAGAGCCUUCCACCUCUUCUAGAACACAUUCCACUGGAGGUGCUGGACCUUCAGCACAACCUGUUGACCAAACUCCCGGAGAUGCUCUUUGUCAAGGCUCUGAACCUCAGGUACCUGAAUGCAUCUGCAAACAGCCUGGAGUCCUUGCCCUCUGCGUGUACAGGGGAGGAGAGUCUGAGCGUGCUGCAGCUGCUUUACUUGACCAAUAAUCACCUCACAGAUCAAUGCAUCCCUGUCUUGGCGGGACACCCCAGCCUACGGAUCCUGCAUCUGGCAAACAACAACCUACAGACCUUCCCCGCAAGCAAACUUAGUAAGCUGGAGCACUUGGAAGAGCUGAAUCUGAGUGGCAACAAACUGAAAACCAUUCCCACAACAGUGGCAAACUGCAAGCUACUUCAUACACUCAUUGCACACUCUAAUGAAAUCAGCGUCUUUCCAGAGAUCCUACACUUGCCCCGUAUUCAGCUUGUGGACUUGAGCUGCAAUGAUUUAACUGAAAUCCUCAUCCCUGAGGCACUGCCAGGUGCCUUGCAAGAGUUGGACCUGAGCGGAAACACAAACCUGGUGCUAGAACACAAGACGCUGGACAUCUUCAGUCACAUUACCACACUGAAGAUUGAUCCUAAGCCCUCCCUCGCAGCAGACUCAGCAGUCGCUUCUACCUUCUGGAGUCAUGGAGUAGCUGAGAUGGCAGGCCAAAGAAAUAAGCUGUGCGUGUCAUCCCUGGCACUGGGGAGCUUUGCAGAGGGGGUGGAGGCUGUGUAUGGCAUGUUUGAUGGUGACAAGAACGAGGAGCUGCCACGCUUGCUGCAGUGCACCAUGGCCGAUGUGCUCCUGGAGGAGGUACAGCAGUCAGACACCAUGUUCAUGUCCAACACCUUCUUGGUCUCCCACAGGAAGCUGGGCAUGGCUGGGCAGAAGCUGGGUUCCUCUGCUGUCCUUUGCUAUAUUCGUCAUGAUGUGGCUGAUCCAGCCAGCAACUUCUCUCUGACGGUGGCCAAUGUGGGGACGUGCCAAGCCAUUCUGUGCCGAAGUGGAAAACCACUGCCACUCUCCAAAGUCUUCAGCCUUGAACAAUGUUCAGAAGAAGCCAAGAGAGUCAAGGAGCAGAAAGCCAUUAUAACGGAGGACAAUAAGGUCAAUGGUGUGACUUGCUGUACCCGGAUGCUGGGCUGCACAUACUUGCAUCCUUGGAUCCUGCCCAAACCACACGUCCGUUCCAUUCCGCUGACUGUACAAGAUGAGCUGCUGCUGCUAGGGAACAAAGCUCUCUGGGAACACCUUUCUUACACAGAGGCCAUCUCAGCCGUGCGGCACCUGCACGACCCGCUAGCUGCUGCGAAGAAACUCUGCACUUUAGCCCAAAGCUACGGUUGCCAAGACAAUGUAGGUGCAAUGGUGGUGUGUCUGAACAUUGGUGAGGACAGCUGCACAUGUGAGAUGCAUGGCCUGACUCUGCCAGGUCCUGGGGGAUUUAGUUCCACCACCACCAAGCCAGCAACACCUUCAUCUAGCAGUGGAGUUGCUUCAGAGUUCAGCAGUGAGCUGUCUGCUUCUGAGGUUAGCAGUGAGGUGGGCUCUACUGCUUCCGAUGAACACAGUGCUGUUGGUCUUGAUGGCAGUUUGCUACCACGGCAAGAGCGACGUUGCAGCCUGCACCCUGUGCCCCCCUCAAGCAUCUUUCAGCGCCAACCUUCUAGUGCCACCUUCUCGAGCAACCAGUCUGACAACGGUCUGGAUAGCGAUGAUGAGCAGCCUGUGGAAGGCGUGAUGACAAACGGCAGUAAAGUGGAGGUGGAGGUGGACAUCCACUGCUGUAAAGGGAAGGGCCUGGAGUUUGAACCUCCUGCUGCAGAGUACAGCUCCUCUGCUCCAGGGCCAGAGGAUGACUCUGGGCUUGUCCUCGUCAUUCGGAGACAGAACAGUGUAAACAGCAACACUCUGCAGAGAGGGGUCAAGGAAAAGUGUGAACUGCAAAAAUCUCUUUCCACGUGCUGUCUCUAUGGAAAGAAGCUUUCCAAUGGCUCCAUAGUGCCCUUGGAGGAGAGCCUCAACCUCAUCGAAGUAGCCACAGAGGCACCCAAGAAGAAGACGGGGUAUUUUGCUGCUCCAUCCCAGAUGGAGCCAGAGGAUCAGUUUGUGGUGCCACCCGAUCUGGAAGAGGAAGUAAAAGAACAAAUGAAGCAGCACCAGGAGAAUGGAGCAGAUCAGGAAAAGGAGGAGGAACAUGCCACGGCUCUGCCAGAGGAGUUUGACACAGCUUUGUAA